AUGGCGGCGGCGGUGGCCGGGGCCGCCCUGCUGGGCAAGGGGCUGGACAUCAGCCUGGCGGCGCUGCAGCAGCACGACCCCUACAUCAGCAGCAUCGUGGACGUGGCCAGCCAGGUGGCGCUCUACACCUUCGGGCACCGCGCCAACGAGUGGGAGAAGACUGACGUGGAGGGAACGCUGUUUGUUUACACAAGAUCGGCUUCUCCAAGGCAUGGCUUCACAAUUAUGAACAGACUGAGCAUGGAAAAUCGAACAGAACCUAUUACUAAAGACCUCGAUUUCCAGCUGCAGGACCCUUUUCUACUGUACAGAAAUGCCAGAUUGUCCAUAUAUGGGAUUUGGUUUUAUGAUAAGGAAGAAUGCCAAAGAAUUGCAGAGCUCAUGAAAAACCUAACUCAGCAGGAACAAUUCAAAGCACAGCAGGGCACGGGAACAGGAGUGUCCCCAAUGAUCGUGAAUUCUGCUAAUAACAAAGAAGUGGAUAUCUUACGGAUGCUUACCAAAGCCAAAGAUGAGUAUACCAAGUGUAAGACCUGCUCAGAGCCAAAACAAAUAACCAGUUCCUCUGCAAUCUAUAACAACCCCAACCUAAUCAAACCAAUUCCGGUGAAGCCUAGUGAAAAUCAGCAUCCACGAAUAUCUCAGCAAAGCAAGAAUGUGGAACCUGAACCACAGCACUUGUCUCUGACAGCACUGUUUGGAAGACAAGAAAAGCCAGAUGUCUCAGAACCCCUUAAUAAACAGCAUCAAGAAAAUCUUCCUGUUAGGCAGGGUGUGGUACGUUCACUGUCCUAUGAAGAACCUAGCAGGCAUUCACCCUCUGCAGAGAAACAGCUUUGCCCCGCCAUUCAGAAGCUUAUGGUGCGUGGGACAGACCUUCAUCCGCUUGCUGAGUUUCCUGAAAACCGACUCUGUGAAAAUGGCAAUAUCCACCCUGUGGGUGAGACUUUCACAGGACUCUUCCAACCUGUGACUUCUCAUGGUAUUGCAACAUCUCAUGGAGUUCAGGAUACUGCUGGCACUCAGAGCUUAUUACAGAAAUUACAGGGUCAGUCAGGGUCCGUGACUAAAAUGGACCCCAGUGCAACAGGAUCUGUGAACUCGACAGCUUCUGUGUUCAACAGGACUCCUGCUGCUGUUGGGGCACCAGCAGCACCGGUAAACAAUGUGAGCCAGCCACCUUUGGUUUAUUUCAAUGGCUCCCUACCAGGCCAGACUUUAGAGUCUCAGACACUUGGUAAAGAACAAUCCAAACUUCCUAGACAGCCACUUUCUCUCUCUGGCAAUCAAGCCACCAAUUCUGGGGUAAUUUCACCUCAAGAGUUACUGAAAAAACUCCAGAUAGUGCAACAAGAACAGCAGUUGCAUGUAUCCAGCAGACCAACCUUGGCAGCUAAGUUUCCUGUUGUUACUCAGAAUACCAAUACACUGAAACCACUGGAUUCCUGGAUAGAAAAGCCACCGGGUACAGAAAAACAGAGCUCUCUCCUUCAGGUAAUCUCACCUCAACGCAUUCCUGCCACUGUGACUCCUACCUUGUUGAUGUCCCCAAUGGUGUUCACUCAGUCCACACCUGCUCCACCAAAAGCAAAUGAAAGUGGGCGGUUAACAGCAGCAAACCAAGAACCUGCUGCUAGCUCAUCUAGCCUUCUCCUGCCACUGCAAACCCCAGAGCCAUCUGUGGUCAACAGCAGCCCAGUGACGAAGAUGCAGUUGCAGGAAACUCUUCUACACCUGAUCCAGAAUGAUGACAACUUCUUAAAUAUUAUUUAUGAAGCAUAUCUCUUCAGUGUGAGAAAGGCCGCAAUGAAAAAGUCUAUGUGAAAGAUGAUUUUACAA